AUGGCACAAGCAGGUAUUGGACCUCCCUCCAACUUUUCUGAAAUCAGCGAAAAAAGUGAAGCUUUCUCCUUACCGGAAGGACCCCUCAUCGCUGGUCGCGUUGGCGGGUUGAGGUCUGCCAUUAUACACAUCGUUCCUGGAGAGGAUCAUACGGUGCUCCCGGUUUCCUCGGGGCUCAAGGUCUUCCCGUCAUGGCCGCAGCAUUCAAGCGAAGGGGGCAACGAACACUUGUCGUAUGGACUCGCUUGUACUCAGGGCCACCGGACGGGCAUGGAGGACGCACAUGCAGUGGAGCUGGAGCUCGAUCCCACAACGGGGACGGCGCUCUUUGGCGUCUUUGAUGGCCACGGCGGUCGUCAGGUGGCGGAUUUGUGCGCCAUGAACGUGGUUGAUGCUGUUCGCUCCAGUGCCGCCUACCAGCGGGGGGACGUGUCGGAGGGCCUCCGGGAGGCGUUCUUCGAGCUGGACAACCGGGCGCUGGGGUGCUCUUGGGCGCACCUGGCCGGGGCCACUGCCACGGUGGCUCUGGUGCGGGGGGACAAGCUGUGGGUGGCGGGGGUGGGGGACUCCAGGUGUGUGCUCAGCCACGCGGGUACGGCACAGGUGCUCACCAACGACCACAAGCCGGAUGACCCCAAGGAGCGCGCGAGGAUACAGAAUGCUGGCGGGUUCGUGGUGUGGGGCCGGGUGAAUGCCAACCUGAACAUCAGUCGAGCGUUGGGGGAUGCGUCAUUUAAACAGGACAAGUCCCUCUCGGCAAGCGAGCAGCAGGUCUCCCCCGACCCGGACAUCCGCUCCGUAACCCUCACGCGCCACGACACAUUCAUGGUGCUGGCGUGUGACGGACUGUGGAACGCACUGCCCGAGCAGCAGGUGGUGGCGUACGUGCAGCGGAGACUCAACCUGCGGCACACGCUGGGGGCGGUGGCGGAGGGCCUGGUGGCGGAGGCGAUGCAGCCGCAGCGGUGCGCUCAUGACAAUGUCACGGUGGUGGUGGUGCAGUUCAAUGACGCGGUGAGGGCAUCUAUGAUGACGGUGGGGGCGGGAGGGGCACUGGCGUUGGUGCAGCAGCAGCAACAAGAAGAAUCGGUGGACGACGUUGUGAAUGCGGGUGGCGAUGGGCGCGACGCCGCCUCUGAAUCCGCGGCUACGGGCGUCGGUGCCGUCAGCGGCGGCGGCGGCGGCGGCGGCGCGGAGGACGUUGCGACGGCGGCGGCUGCCCCGGCAGCCCAAAUGGAGCCCGCGGUCUGGCGAGGAUGA